UUUAUCAAUUUACUGGAUAUAUACAAUAUUUAAUGAUAAACCAUGGUACAAUUUCAUAUUUCCUUAAAUUCUGUGCAGAGAGUCUCGCAAUAAAGUCGUAAGAAGUCUUGGUCGUGAGGUUCGACGCGGGGCAAAAUCGUAGAUAUGGCUGAUUUUCGAGUCGCCGGGGCGAAAAUUGGACGUCGAAAAAUGAAUUUUGGUAUCAGGAGAAUAUGAUGAGUGAGGAGCCAGGGAAUCAGGAGACUAUACGCAAACGUUAGUAACUCGUCGAAAUAGCGGACGACUUUAAGCUCCGAGUUUUUUCGCGGCUUCCUAUUGGUUGCCCGGCGCCAUCAUGCUUUUUGCCGCCUGGAACCAAUAGGAAGCCGCAAAAAAGCUCGGAGCAAACUCGUCUCCUAUUUCGACGAGUUACUAACGUUUGCGCAUAGUCCCCUAAGUUCAAAAUGGACCCCGCCGCCGGAUUGAACAUGAAUCAAAUUGGCAGAGCAGAUGUUAAUUUAAACGGGAAUCAUUUGAAAAUCAACGGUAUGGUACUGCGAGUAUAUCACGUUAUUUUGCGAAUGCUCAACCUCUACUCUAACGAUUGUAUGACAGCUCUCAGACGUUUGCACCAGAUGAGAUUCCUAUGCGUGCUGACACUCGAUUAUACAAUUAGUCAAGUGAAUACUACUGGAAGUGAAUGUCACCAUUUCGGAGUAGAAGAAUCAAAGUGCAUUCUCAAGAGCAGAGGGGCUAGACUGACGGUUAGAACAUUGGAUUCGAUCUAUAGAAGAGUCUUAUCAUACUUGGUUGUUUUUUGAAAUGAAUACUGAAAGCGUUGACCACUGCUAUUCGUUCCAUUCUUCCUGAUCGAACUGUAUUCGUCCCAGGGGAGAAUGCAAAGCUGAAACGACAGAGUGCUUGCGGUAUACGUCAGAUGUUAUUAUUACACCCCUGUGUACCUUGGCGGAAGUCACUGCCAGUGUGUCGCUGGGCAAGGUCCAGCUGCCCACCGCAAGCAUGUUGUUGCUCUGCUUCUGGAAACGACACAGAGAGUUUGAGAAAGAGAAAUCAUACUUCCUAGUACAUGUAUCAUUU